AUGGAGCUCGCGUACGCAUUCCGGUCGUCGCUGCCGUACAGCUGCGUCAUGCGCAUGAUUGAUCGUGCGGUUGUUCAUGUGAAAUGUGAUACGUGCCUGCGCGCGCAGAGGUUCCAGACAGGGGUCUCGCGGCAGCACCUGCCGCGGGAGCGGACGGAAGUGGUGCUCCGGGACCCGGGCGGCAAGGCGUGGGUGGUCCUCUGCAUCCCCAACACGAGGGACCGGCUGUCGCGCGGCUGGUGCGCGUUCGCGCGCGGCAACUGCCUCGAGGAAGGGGACUACUGCGUGUUCGAGCUCGUCGCCGCGGCCGAGUUCCGCGUCCACAUCUCCCGGGUCGUCGAGCCGGCCGUGCCGGCGGUCAGGCUCCGAAGCGCUUGAGCCCAGUUGCACCUGCGCGCGUCAGCACGUGACGUGCGCAUUGGAUCUUCCCGGAGGCCGAUCAACGGAAAGGUGCAUAGCUGUGCGUCAAGGAGCAAUUCGAGAGGACGUACAAUUUCUACGAAGCUGAUAUCAAAAUUCAGAGUAAUGUUCGGCAGCACUGUUGUACUCGUUUUUCUAUUGGUGGUUUCGUGGUGCAUAUGUUUCGUCAACGUGCAGAUAUCAAAGUUAGAACUUUCGAGUCCAGAUGCAUUGGGAGUUGUGAU